AUGAUGUCAAUGAAUAGCAAACAGCCACACUUCGCCAUGCAUCCGAGCUUACCUGAGCACAAAUACACCACUCUGCAUUCCAGCUCGGAAGCAAUAAGGAGAGCCUGUCUGCAAGCGCCACAGCUGCAGAGUAACAUAUUCGCCAGCCUGGAUGAGACCCUCCUGGCCCGCGCCGAAGCUCUGGCUGCCGUGGACAUCGCCGUGUCCCAGGGCAAGACGCACCCUUUCAAACCGGACGCCACCUACCACACCAUGAACAGCGUGCCAUGCUCUUCCAACACCACGGUGCCACUGGCCCACCACCACCACCAUCACCACCACCAUCACCACCCCAACAUGGAACCCCCGGACCUCAUGGACCACAUGAACUCCCCGUCCUUAGCUCUCAUGUCCAGCCACGACGGCUCCGGGGGCGGGGGUGGAGGAGGUGGUGGCGGGCUGAUCUCCACCUCUGCUCACCCUCACUCACACAUGCAUGGCUUGAGCCACCUCUCGCACCAGGCCGCUAUGAACAUGAAUUCCCCUCUCACCCACCACGGUCUUUUACCUGGACACCAUGGAGGGGCCAGGGCGGGCCGACUCAAUAACAACGGCCUUUCCUCUAUCAAUGACUCGGACACUGAUCCCAGGGAACUAGAGGCAUUCGCGGAGCGCUUCAAGCAGAGGCGGAUCAAGCUGGGGGUGACCCAGGCGGACGUUGGCAAUGCGCUGGUUAACCUGAAGAUACCCGGCGUGGGAUCGCUAAGCCAAAGCACCAUUUGUCGGUUCGAAUCGUUGACUCUGUCCCAUAACAACAUGAUAGCGCUUAAACCCAUCCUUCAGGCGUGGCUCGAGGAGGCCGAGGGUGCGCAGAGAGAGAAACUCAACAAACCUGACAUUUAUAGCGGAGGGGAAAAGAAACGGAAGAGAACGUCAAUAGCGGCACCAGAAAAGAGAUCUUUGGAGGCUUACUUCGCCGUACAACCUCGCCCGUCGUCCGAGAAGAUAGCAGCUAUCGCUGAAAAGUUGGACCUGAAAAAGAACGUGGUUCGAGUAUGGUUUUGCAACCAAAGACAAAAACAGAAACGGUUAAAAUUCUCCGCUUGCCACUGACUAUAGGCUAUUGAUG